AUGAGUGUCCAGGAGAUACAAGGUGAUUUACUCAACUGUGAGGUAGAAGCUAUUGUUCAUCAAUGUGAUUGUUUGUCUGUAAAAGCUUAUGGAUUGAGUCAAAUUAUUGCAGAGAAAUUCCCACAAGCCAAUCUCUAUGCCACCCGCAGAGCUUCGAGAUUUCAAAAUAUAGCUUUAGAACAAGAUAGAGGAAUUCCAGGCACUAUUAAGGUGUUUCCUUCACAAACCCCUGUGGUCAUUUGUUUACUAUCUCAAUGGGAUUAUGGAAAAGCAAGUCACAGACCUAGAAGAAUUUCCACUUAUCAGGACACAGCAUAUAAUAGAGAGAAAUGGUUUCAAGCUUGUUUACAACAAAUGGGUAGUUUACCUUACCAGACUUAUGCUUUUCCUUUUGGAUUAUGUUGUGGACUAGCAGGAAAUAAGGAUCAUUAUAGACAUUAUAUUGAACAAUUUGCACACACUUAUAACAAACAGGUGUACAUUACUUGUGGAUAUUAA